GAAGAAAUAAACAACAGCAGCAAUGUUAUCUUGAUUGUAUAAUAUUAUUAAUAACACGAAGAAGAAGAAGACUACCGAUUUCGUCAAUUCGAUUAAUCAUUCCAACAAAAAGAUGGCAUCAGCAUGGGAGCAUUUUGGCGAAAUUGCAAGUGUAGCCCAGUUAACCGGGCUAGACGCAGGGAAAUUAAUAGGGCUAAUCGUGCAAGCGGCCAGUACAGCCCGAAUGCACAAGAAAAACUGCAGGCAAUUUGCUAUGCAUUUAAAAUUAAUCGGAAAUCUCUUACAACAACUUAAGAUUUCAGAACUUAAAAGGUAUCCCGAAACACGUGAACCAUUGGAGCAGCUCGAGGAUGCACUCAGAAGGUCUUAUAUUUUGGUCAACAGCUGUCAAGACCGAAGUUAUCUAUACUUGCUUGCUAACGGCUGGAACAUCGUUUACCAGUUCCGAAAAGCCCAAAAUGAAAUCGAUAGAUAUUUGAAGAUCAUCCCUCUCAUUACUCUAGUCGAUAAUGCUCGGGUCAGGGAAAGAUUGGAAAAUAUUGAAAUGGACCAACGAGAGUACACGCUAGACGACGAAGAUAGAAAGGUGCAAGAUGUGAUAAUGAAGCCGGUGCCAUCAGAGAGUGAUACCGACGUUUUAAAGAAAAAACUUUCCUGUACCUACCCGCACUUGCCGUUCAAUAAAGCCAUCCAGAAAGAAACCGAAAAACUUCAUGUGGAAUUAGAGCUUUCACAGGCUAAUUUAGAUGUAGGGCAAUGUGAAGUAAUCCAACAUCUGAUUGACGUUACGGAAGUCGUUGCUUCAAAGAAGGAUGAACCAAACAAAAGUUCCAAGAAGAUGGAGCCUAUCUAUUCGGAUAUUACAACCUAUACAGAAAAUCACAACAGAAGCAAUUCUUCGGUUACUACAAGUACAAAAGAUUUACUCUCUACUAGAGGAUCACGCCGAGAUGAAGUAUGGCAUUCGGAUCUACUUGGUUGUUGCUCAGAGCCAUUAAUGUGCAUAAAAACCGUCUUAUUUCCUUGUGGUGCAGUUUCAAAACUUGCUACUGUGGCAACAGGCCGGCACACGACUUCUGCAGAGGCCUGCAAUGAGCUCAUGGCUUAUUCUCUUAUUUUAUCAUGUUGUUGCUAUACUUGCUGUAUCAGAAGGAAGCUUCGAAACACUUUGAAUAUUACGGGAGGGUGGUGUGAUGACUUUCUUUCUCAUUUUAUGUGCUGCUGUUGUGCUCUUGUACAAGAACUCCGAGAAGUUGAGAUUAGAGGAAAUUACGGUGAGAAGUCUAGAAUGAGCCCACCACCUUUUCAAUACAUGGAACCUAUAAGUGAAUAGGACAUAUCAAUUCAUAUGGACUUUUUAAGAUUAUAUAAUUAAGUUCUAUACAGUUGACAACUUGGAUGACAUAUGAUUACAUUAUCUACAACCUCAAAGCUCACAUUUGCCAGAGUGGAGAAAAUAUGUAUAUUGUUUAUUGGUGGAAUUUUGCUUUUAGUGGUUCCUCUUUUGUAAAGUUGUCUUGCCAACCAUUUUGUAGUGUAUUAAAUGUUUUUGGAAAUUAAAGAACAUUCUAUAUAAAAUUUGGUUGAUAACCA